AUGCUCGCAAAUUUAUUUGGGAAAAAUGGGCUUAAUGGGUCUACAGCCUCAUUAAGCGACUCUGAUUCAGGGUCCUCGUCACAAUAUAAUUCAAAACCUUCGUCUCAGUAUGGCAGCCCAACUUCUAUCAACUUCAAAGACGACACGUCGUCUAUUCUACGUCCAAUAUCUGGCAAUAUCCUGGAUCAUAUGUCUGAUGAUUUAAAAUCAAAAUUAUUUGCAACAAAGGACCUCAUAUCUGACAUAUCACUUGCAUAUUACGACCCAAAAUCAACUAACAGUAAUAUCAAUAUUUCACCAGAUUCGUUUAGGUUACUAUUGACAGAGGAGACAGGACAAAUGGUAUGUAGAAAUAAUUACCGGGUCGUACUGGAUUAUGUGACUCCAAAGGGUUCCUAUAUCGAACAGAUAAGACCAAGUGAAUUAAAAGAAUAUAUUUUUGGUUCCCCAGUUAGGUCUUCAGAUUCUUUGGAAGUGGACAAAAUAAGAGUAAUCCCCAAUUCAAAUAUUUUAAUAAUAUCAAGGACAUUUCAUGUCAGCUCGAAAAUCAACAGACUAGCCAUUUGUCUAUGUCUCCCAUCAUAUUAUUUACCAGUGGUAAUGGAAGCAUGGAGACAAGUUUCAACAUGGUUAGAUAAUACCCAAGCAUCUAUUAUAUCAAUUAUCUCGAGAUUGAAAAAACCUCCAAGUACUUUACACCUUCAAUGCGAUAAAGAAUUAUCAUGUUUACUACCUGCUGAUGCUAGGUUUCAAUUUGUUUCAGAAUUUGAAUCAAUAAUACUUGCUUUACAAAGAAAAAUUGUUCCUUGUUUAAGAUCAAUUUCAGAGAUACCAAGAUUAUUUUUAUACCCAACGACAUUAAUGAAAUUUGUGGAAUUAUGGUUUAAAGAUGUGUUCAAUUGGAUGGAAUUAAAAGAUGGCCCACGAAUGAACUUCUUAUCAACAUUAUUAGCAAUAAUUAUAGUCAAUUUUAAAGAGGAGUUGAAAUCUUCCGAAAGCACUAGGAUCGCCAUCAUGUCAGGUAACAUGGUAGUAUCGAAUAAACUAAUUAAUAUAAUUUCAGGUAUUUUAGAGCCAAAGUAUAAGGGUCCUCUUUUGCAUACAGAUGAGGAUAAUGAACUAAGCACAAAGCUUGAACAAUUAGAUAGCAUAGAUACAGUUAACACAUCCAGCACAGAAAUUCACAUGAUCAAAAAGACAAAUUCUAAUAGCAGCAUUUCAGUUUCACCUGCAUCUACAAAAUAUCAAAACUCAAAUAAAGGUUGGGAGAUUCCUCGUAGGCGUAGUGCUCAUAGUGUGGCAUCGAUUUCUUCUGGCGAGUCACUAGCGGAAGUAAUACAACCUUCAUCACUAAAAAGUGGCAGCAAUUCAUUACAUCAACUUUAUGCAUCACUCUCAAAUAACUAUGGUACAUCCUACGGUUCUUGGUUUAAUAAGAGACCGAACAUAAGUCAAUUUAUGCAAUAUAGUUCUCCUUCAAAUUCAAAUGAAUCAUGGGAUCGUGCCGCAAGUAUCCAUAGGACUAAUAGUGGAAAUUCUAUUCAACAAUUAAGGGCAGGGUUUGGUAUAACACCACAACAAUCACCAUCAAUCAGUGAAUAUGAUGAAUACCCAUGGUUUGGAACACCAAAUUCUCCUCAUGUUGAAAAUAGCGCUACUGCUACAACUUCAAAUACUACAGUAUCUAGUGCUUCGGUGCCAUGGACGACUAAAAGCAUCACCGAGCCUAAUAGGAUGUAUAAUGUGCAUAUUGAAAGGGACUUUCAAAGAAUAUCACAAACAGAAUUACUAGAUGAUGCAUUUGAUAAAAUAUGUAAACCAGGAAGGAAAUUAGAGUGUGGACUGACUGUGACACCUGGUAAUAUGAUUCAUGCUGGAGUAUUGGAGAUUGAGAUUCUCAAUCAAGAUUGUGUUGAGAAGUCUAGUGAAUUGCUACCAAGAUAUACUAGCUAUUUAAGGAAUUAUAACAGUUGGUUUAAAUUACAAGCAUUUCCUGCUAACAACGAAUCUGAAUCCAAAGUGAUAACUUCAAUGAAGAAAGACUUGAGUGUAUAUUCAUAUUCGAAGGCGCUGUUAAUAUCUCUUUCUACACGGGAUAUUAAAGAAGUAACCAUUAAGAAGGAAUACAAAAAUAAUACCCAAGAUACCAAUUCAUUUAAAUUAAUCCAAAAAACUGCACGAAUGUUUCAUAAUGGGAAACCGCAAGCCAAUCUAUCUUUAGAAUUGAACAAUUGCAUAUUACUUAUCGAGAGUACACUAAAAAGGGCAUCUGAAUUGUUAAAACCAAUCCAGUCAUCAGCCGACACUUCGACGGCUAUGACACAAGAGGCUCGCCAAGAAGAACUAUUAAAGUUGUUCAAAAGUAUAAUCUAUUUCAAAGAUACCAAGACAUGA